CAAAAAAUGGGAAAUAAUCUUGACAAAAGGGACAAUGGCAUGCUCAACUCCAAAUCUUUGUCCCUGUACGGCUACAGAAUCCUCGGCAUUGAUAAGAAUUCCCCGAUGAGCAAGACUGACGUCAAGCCGAUGAUUGAUUUUAUUAAAUAUGAUGACAGAAAAAUGGGAAACUUUGGGUUUAACCAAGUCGUUGAGGCUUAUAAGGGUCAACCAUUGUAUUUACAGAUCUAUAAUCUUAUAACUAAAUAAAGCACGAGAUGUAAAGGUCAUUCCAAAUAACAAGUGGGGUGGUAGCUCUUUAUUAGGAGCAGACAUUAGGUUUGAGGACUACUCUCUUGCACAUUGAUCGGUCUACUAUGUCGAAGAUGUGUCUCCAAACAGCCCAGCUGAAGUAGCAGGACUAGUUCCGAAACAAGACUAUAUCGUGGCUAGCAAGACUUUUAUGUUUAAAGACAUCGAUUCCAUAGGCGUAAACUCAAAGGUUGGGAAGCCAAUGCACAUCUCUGUUUACAACAUUAACAGCCAAAUAAUGAGGGAAACAACAAUAGUGCCUUCAAAAUCAUGGGGAGGUAAAGGACUUCUGGGGUGCAAGCUUUCCAUGGGAGAUGAAUAUACAAUCCCAGUAUCGAAAUCAAUGAAGCAAUCGAAAGAAUCAACCCUCAAAUCCUUGUUUGGCAAAGCAUCUUUGAGCAAGUCGAAGAGUGCUUAUGAUGUAAGGAGAAUUGCUUGGAAAGGCAAAGAAGAGUCGAAAGAUGAUGUUGAAUUAUCAGCAAUUGGACUUAAUAGAGGGGAGAAUAGUGAUCUGGAAGACCCACAAUGCUCCCAGAUGGGGUUGAACGAAGAAGAGCAAUUUAGUCCUCUUUAUAGCAUUCGCCAGAAUGAAAACUCACAGCUUGACAUGGAGGGUAUCGAAGUCGAUGUCAACAAUAUAAAAGAAGAUGAAGACGAAGAAGUUGGAGAUUUCUUCCUAGAAAAAGAUGAAGAGGAAUCAAAAAUGAAUGCUCCAAAGACCAGAUUCACUAUGACCUUGAAAAGACCAACCACUGUUGCGAUUGCUGGCAACACUAUCUCUGAAAACCCAUGUGAUUUAGACAGAAUUUAGACACUAAAUCAAUCACACAGGGC